CUUCAAAGACCAAUAAAGAUGCUAUCUUAUCGUAUAGCAAUUUUUAGAUAACAUCAAGGCAGUAAUGCAGCUAGUGCCAACUGGCUGUGCUUUGGCACAGAUCUCAUUCAACAAAUGGAUUGAGGAGGAGCUGUACGAUGUCCACUUUUUCGGGUGGUCUUUGUAUAUUGACAGAGUUUUCCAGAAAAGAGGACAUGAAGGGAAAAGCAAAAGAUUUCUAUGGGCUGAACAAAACUGAUGUCAAGAUGUAGGGCUAGUUCACCCUGUGAGCACUGCAGUACACCUCAGGUACCAGGCAUGAAUCUAUCCGGGUGAGUAAAUGGCAAAAGUAUACAGGUAUGCAACUGCUGGUCCUCCUGCUCCUCCUGCGCAAUGAACAGUUUUUCUCUCAGUUCCAAUACAUUUGAUCCCGUUUUGCUGAGAAUGAUCAGUGGUAUAACAAAAAAAAAAAAGAAAUCCCAGCAGACUGAGCACUGGAAAGAGCACAAUUCCAUAAGGAAUGUGGUUGUGCUAUUUAAACCCCAGCCUGCAGUUCACAAUGCUCUAUUUUGAAAUAUUUUGUUUAUAAACUCUGUGUUGUAAUUACAGAUUUUUUUUUUUUGGCAUAUUUUGAAGUUAGUUAAGCCCUAUAAGCUAGAAUGAAAUCACAUUUUCUUGUUUUAUCUUGUUUGUUUAUGUUCAACUUCUGUUAAUUUCAAACUGUUCAAAUGAACUAAGGUCUUUGACUGGAGUUGCGUAUUUCUUUAUAGUUUCAGAAAGAAUAGUAAAUUAUUGCUCACAGGGUCAAAAACCCAAACAAUCAACCCCCUAUUAAAAGGUAAUCUCUGUCUCUUUUUCUGCAUAGUACUUCACACUGUGAGGAUGCCUGUGUGCGUGACAGAGAUUGAAGAAUGGAGAAGUCCAGGAAAACAUUUGCUGAUAUCAUAAAUGAGGCAAUGGUGGCUGUUAACACAAUGGAUCGUGACAAACUGCUUUUUUCUUACAAGGGGAUUCUCUACCCUGCUACUUUUUGCAGUGCUGAAGUAUUCAGAGCCAUGGACUUCCUUGAAGCCAGAAGCAAUGAUAUAAUUUUGGCGGGAUACCCUAAAUCUGGCACAAACUGGCUGGGUCAAGUCUUAGAUGAUCUGGUAGCCAUAUUUGAAAAGAAAGCGCAGAAUAAAGAAAGCAGCGUGAAUUAUGAAGAAAUGCAAGAAUUCCCCUACCUUGAAAUGGGAGGUACUGGGAAAUACGAGGUGGGCACAGAAUACAUGUGUAAGUUAUGCAAAUUUCCCUUUUGAAGAGUUAUGGUUAAUCAUCUCCUUCCUGAAAAAUUUCCCAGUUCUAUCUUCAGAAAUAAAGCCAAGAUAUUGUUGCUGAUCCACAAUUCAAAAGAUGUAGCUACAGCUUUUUACCAUUUUUCCAACGGCAUGUCUCAUCUUCCCUCUAAUGAGACCUGGGAUGAUUUCUUCAUAGCUUUCAUGACAAAGAAAAUGCCCUGGGGAUGCUACUUUGAGUACCUUUCCAAAUGGAACAAAUAUGCUGAUUAUGAAAAUGUUAUAACUUAUGAAGAGCUAAAAGAGAUGAGGUUACCAAUAAAUCUGGUCCUGGGCGUGAAAAACAUACCUGCUUUCUUUGGGGUUUCCCUGACUGAGAAAGAGCUUCAGAGUGUGGUAGAGAGGAGCAGCUUCCAGUCAAUGAAGAAGAACUCACUGAAGACCCAUUGGAAACCCAGUGAUGUUUUCUUUUGCAAAUUUCUUUGCCUCUUUGAAGGUGGUGUAAAUGAAAGAAUCUUUUUCAGUGAAGAUCAGAAUAAGAAAAUGGACAAAACAUUUGAAGGACAUAUAAAGGGAACUAAACUGGGAACAAAGUUAAAGUAUGAAGUGUACUGUAAAGUCUGAAAAUUGAUGAAAUGUGGCAAGAGCUUCCCAAUGCACUCUCAGAUCAUCUGAUUGCCAUAUACUAGAAAACUAGAUUAAAUGUUUCAAGCACCUUAGAAUUACUGUAGUAGUCACAUUGCAGCAGCCUUUACAGUGAUAGUGAUGAAUAGUGGGCUUUUGUUUUAAAGGUGAGGUCUUUUGCUUACUUUGGCUACACUCAUAUGUUGAAGAAGAUGACAACUAACUAUAUUCAAAUAAACUUAACAGCCAUAUUUCAGUAGCUGUCA